AUGAGAGACCGCCUCCUAAAUGUACAGACCCUACUUCCAGGAAUAAUAACGAACGCAGUACAGCUUACCAAGUGUGACAGAAGUAAUGCGCUCACAUACGGAGCACCGCCCUGGGCUGAAUAUGGUGAUGAAUGGAAAAAGUUCGUAUCUCAAAACUUCGACAAAAUAGCUGAGGCUGGAGUGGAUUUGGUGGUAAAAGUAUCAGCUAAAGAUUACACUUCUGCCACUCAACCAAACAAAAAGCCGUAUGACGGAAUAAGAACGUGCGCGGUCCAAAUAAAUACCUUCUUCAGAGCGGAUCUCCCUUCUAAUAUUAAAAAAGUUCCUGGCUUCAACCUCUCCGAGUUGCUGCCUUUUAUUGCAAGUACCGAGCCAAAAUACACUAUCCAGCCAGAGUCGAAGCGUGUCUCGACCACAACAACAAGAAGCCCACCUGAAAAGAAGGAUAUGAGAGACCAUACGCGCUAUGUUUGCCGUGCUGAGGAUAAAAAGCCGAAAAAUGCGAAGGAGCGUCUAACAAAGUUAAGGCAUAUUUUUAAAAAGAAGAUAAGCCAAAUGAUGAAUGAUAGACAGGAAGCUUUUGCGAAAUACAGGCUCGUUGUUCAGGAUUUGAACAGCGCAGAAGGACAGCAAGUUUUUCUGGAAGAAGAGGGGACUUUGAAUGAUGAUUCUCCUGAGACCUCCACACCCGGACAGUCAGUAUGCUCGUUGAUCUGCAAUACGUUGAAGAAACUCUUUCCUCCGAAGAAACAAUAUUACUUUACUCGCGCAUUAUGUCCUUCAACAUCAUUCUCGUCAUCGAGUGCACUACACCUGGAUUCAGUUGCAUUAUAUCAGUUAUUGACCCAGAAUCUAGAUCAAGAAAAAUCGGAAGAACAACCAUCAAAUGCCACAUUUAACGCAGUAUUUGAUGUGGGAGAGAUUCAGAAAGCAUAUAUUCCUCCAUACAGCAGACCCCCAAUUGAGAAAAGUGGCAAAGGUGUGACUAAGGUGGGUGGCAAAACUAUUGUGAACCCUGGUUACUUUAACUAUGCGGGUACUGACAAUGGCCUGGUGAAGAUGACAGCAUCAAUACCGGUGUCGUUACCAAGAAUGAAAGCUCACCUAAAGGUUUUAAACUAUUACAUCAGUUACGAAUACGAAGGCUAG